AACACAUACGUAAUAAUUAUGCCCUCAUUUUCAGCGUCUCCAUCGAAUGAUGGAAGCACCACUCACCCCUACAAAACAAUCGCAAAUCAAACUGUAGAUUCUGCUGCCAGCUAGUGCUUGCCACGCGUUUCGAUCAUCCUAAACUUUGACAAAAAUCUUACACGUACAAGUGGAUGUUAACUUCAGUAGCUGUCAUUCAGUCACUGUCCUCGAAUCAAAGUGAAAAACUUGUCAAGGAAUGGACCUUACCAGGAAAUGACCAAGACCAGGCCUUGGAGAUGUUGACCAGUGCCGGCUAGUGGUGACUGACUGGUGAUUCAGUUACAGCGAGUGAGGGAAGUCAAGCGAGUUCCCCCACUUUGAAAGAGUUGGGGAGAAAAAAGUUUGGUAUAUUUGUCCACGAAAUCUUAUCUCCAAAUUUUGUAUGAUUUAAGUUUUUUUUCCUUUUCAUUCAAAGUUUGGUUUUGCCGAAUGGAAUUCUAUAAUAAUAGUAAAGAGGCCUUAAUAAGAAAUUUUAUUCUAAAAUAAUAAUAGACGAUCUUCAAAUGUCUAAACUAAAUUUUUAUAUAAAUAGAUAUAAAUAUAAAGAUAUUUUCUGACAAUCAAUGUAGCUGCUAUCUCACAAAAUCCGUACUCACGUAGAAUGGAAGAGUGGGCAGUGGUGGGCUAGCCAGCACUUUCCACCUGUUUUUGCCAUAAAUGAAAGAGAUAUAUGAUACCCAACAAACAUCAUGGCAACCCAUUAAUUGGAACACUUCAUCUUCACUCUCCCUUCUCAAGAAGCACUAUAACCCACCAUUACUUCUCUUCCGCUUCCCUGCUUUUCUCUUUUUCUCUCUUGAAUUGCUAGGUCUGUUGUUGUAGUUCCGGAAUUGGGCUUUUUCAGGGUUCAGCUAAAGUUGCUGUGACAUGAAGCAGACUGAACUCCCAAACUCCCUGUCAGCUGAGCAUGGCGGGAUUGCAUGCCAGAGUGAAGUUGCCAUUCCCAUUCAGGAGGUUGAAGAUUCCUCUGAUACAGCUGAAGAAACCCCACAUGCUAAGCAUUGGAGGAGACAAAACCUCUUCCUGGAGAUUCCCUCAAGAACGUUAGAGGUUUCUCAUCAGGAGUUUGUUCAAAUAAAGAUGCCUCCAACUUCAACUCCCACUCCCAAGAAAGUGAAUUUCAAUCUGACACCAAGUGCUUCUAAUGGAAGAAUAAGUGGGUCUCCAGGCCCGUCAUCCAGAGGUAAAUCGUCCUUAAGAAAUCUCCUACCAAAACGAAGCUUCAAGGCCCGCAGUUCUCAGUCAGAUGCUGAGAGAACUACCAACAUAGCUCAAGAAGUUUCAUCCUGCAUACCGCAAGAAAUGCCUACUAUGUCAAGGUCAUGGUCACUUACAAAAAUAUUUACUCCUCGUAUGAAAAAAACAUCAUCUCUACCUGUUACCCCAAUCGGGCACUCAAACCCAGAAUCUGUUGGUGGAGAAAAUCUUGGUGGCUCAGUCAAUUUAAAUAUAAAAGCAGUCCAUCACCCAAUAUCUCGUUCACUUUCAGUCCCUGUCAUCAACAAAGAAAGAAGAAUGAAGAGAUCAGAUUCAUUUUUCCGUGUAAUUCCCUCAACUCCACGAGUGAAGGACGGGGAAACUGUCACGUUAAGUACAAUGCCAACAGGAGAUGCUGAAAAUAUUGAAGCAGAUGGCGAAGACAUACCUGAAGAAGAGGCUGUUUGUAGAAUUUGCUUGGUUGAGUUAUGUGAAGGUGGUGAGACCCUCAAGUUGGAAUGCAGCUGUAAAGGUGAACUUGCAUUGGCUCACCAAGAGUGUGCAGUAAAAUGGUUUUGCAUCAAAGGCAACAAAAUCUGUGAUGUGUGCAAGCAUGAGGUUCAAAAUUUACCUGUCACACUUAGGCGGAUUCAGAGUGUCCAAAGUCAAAUUGUUGGAUCAAGUAUGGCUUUUCAGGUGGAAAUUAAUGGAUACAGGAUUUGGCAGGAAGUGCCCAUUCUUGUCAUUGUCAGCAUGCUUGCUUAUUUUUGUUUUCUUGAGCAGCUUCUGGUUGGAAAGAUGGGUACUGGUGCAGUUGUCAUCUCUCUCCCAUUUGCUUGUGUUUUGGGUCUCCUUGCAACAGUGACUGCUUCAACCAUGGUAAACAGAAGAUUUGUCUGGGUCUAUGCAUUGACCCAAUUUGGACUUGUGGUUUUCUUUGCCCAUAUUUUCUACUCCUUGGUUCAACUGCAAGCUGUGCUGUCAAUUCUCCUCUCAACGUUUGCAGGGCUUGGUGUUGCGAUGUGUGGAAGUUCAAUUGUUGUCGAAUUUAUGAGAUGGCAAAGACAGUGGCGUGCCUCAUCUGGCCAGCAUGAUGACAACCAACUCGUGACACGCCUAAAUGGAUUGCCUCGCGCCGCAACUCCACAUCCAACUCCAUCUCAGCCGGGGCCGCCCUCAUCCCCGCCAAGCUGAGACACAAAAUCCAGGGUCUCCUAGUGGGAGCUGAAUUAGCAGUUGUAGGCAGCUGAUUGUUAAGCUUUGUGGUGUGUGAAAAUGCUUUAUCGAACAAACGAAGGGAAGGAAGAAUUAUAUAAGUUACCUGAUUCAAAUGCAAACAAACAAAGGGAAGGAAGAAUUGUAUAAGUUGAUUCAACUGCAAAA